GAAGUAAAAAAUUCAAAAUGAAAUUACGAUGAGAGUACGGUAAAGGGAUAACGUUGGGACACCAGUACGGAUGUACACUUCAAGGAAGUCGGAAUCGUUUGAGAUAUAGGAUGGGUGCAUAGAAGGGAAGGAGACUCCUCUAAAACUAAUUUUUGUGUGGAGGUGAGAAGUUGGGAUUCCCCGAUCAAUUAAACAUGGCUGAGGAGAGGGAUCCAGUAGAGUUGGGCAUGGCACUCGGCGCAGAUUCGAACAUGAAAGAAGACAGCGUAACAGCUAAGAAGAGGGCAAAACGGUGGGCAAUCACCGCAGAUGCGAGCAUGGAAAGAGAGAAGGGGACGCUUGAUCAAGACGAAGAUGAAGAUGAAGAUGAAGAUGAAGAUGAUUUGUGUGUAGGUGAGAGGUUGGGAUUCUCCGAUCAAUCAAACGGGUCUAAGGAGAGGGAUCUAGUAGAUCAGUUGGGCGCAGAUUCAAACAUGAAAGAAGACAAGGUAACAAGUGAGAAGUGGAGGGCAGAUUCAACACUGAGCAGCUCAGAUUCGAUAAUGGAAGAAUGCCUUGUACCGCCUGAGGGGUGGCCCACGGCAAUGGUACCGGCAGUGAAACUGUCAAUGGCACCGGCAAUGGCAGAUGUGAACAUGGCAGGAGAAUGGGCAACUCAUGUUGAAAGAAAUAUAAGUGCUCCUUCCACACACGGACUCCUCGCCUCCCCUGAUGAAGAUGAAGAUGCGGAGCAUAAGAAAUUAAUGGACCGCCGCAUGCACGCGCAAGCGACCAAAGGAAAUCUUGAUGACUUUAAAAAAAUUUUAGGCUCGAUAUCCUCCGAACAGGACCUUCAACACUCAGAAAUUCUCUGCCAAGUUAGUCCCCGGAAAAACACAUGCCUCCACAUAGCAGCAAGCUUUGGACACCAUGAUCUUGCCAAGUACAUCGUGAAAGAGUGUCCAGAUCUUAUCAAAAAUAAAAACUCCAAAGGCGACACGGCACUUCAUAUUGCUGCUAGAAAAAGGAAUUUAUCUUUCGUUAAGAUUGUCAUGGAUUCAUGCCCUUCUGGAAGUGGCGCAUCCCAAGAUGUAGAGAAGGCUGAGCCUUCAUUGCUGGGAAUUGUCAACAAAGAAGGAAAUACAGUGUUGCAUGAGGCACUGAUAAACCGUUGCAAACAAGAAGAGGUGGUGGAGAUCCUUAUUAAGACAGAUCCCCAAGUGGCUUAUUAUCCGAAUAAGGAGGGAAAGUCACCAUUGUAUCUAGCUGCAGAAUCACACUACUUCCAUGUCGUAGAGGCUAUAGGAAACUCUGAAGUUGAGGAGCGCAUGAAGAACAGAGACCGCAAAGCCAAGCCGGCAGUCCAUGGUGCCAUUAUGGGAAAGAAUAAGGAGAUGUUGGAAAAAAUACUGGCCAUGAAGCUCGUCCACCAAAAAGACGAAGAUGGAAGGACUCCACUUCAUUGUGCAGCAUCCAUUGGAUAUCUCGAAGGAGUUCAAAUGCUGUUAGACCAAUCUAACUUGGAUCCAUAUCAAAUGGACUCUGAUGGCUUCUGUCCCAUCCAUGUUGCAUCAAUGAGAGGCAAUGUGGACAUUGUCAAAAAGUUGCUCCAGGUCUCCUCUGACUCAAUAGAGUUACUAAGCAAACGCGGUCAGAACAUUCUUCAUGUGGCAGCCAAGUAUGGUAAAGACAAUGUAGUCAAUUUUGUGCUCAAAGAAGAAAGGCUUGAGAACUUUAUAAAUGAGAAGGACAAAGGUGGAAACACGCCACUGCAUUUGGCAACCAUGCAUAGACAUCCCAAGGUCGUAAGCUCUUUAACAUGGGAUAAAAGAGUUGAUGUGAAUCUUGUGAAUGAUAGAGGCCAGACUGCUUUGAACAUUGUAUUACCAGUGAAGCAUCCACCUACAUUUCACCAGGCACUAAUUUGGACAGCACUCAAAUCUGCUGGUGCACGACCAGCGGGAAAUUCAAAGUUCCCACCCAAUAGACGUUGUAAACAGUACUCUGAAUCACCUAAAAUGGACAAGUACAAGGACAGGGUAAACACUCUUUUGUUGGUUUCGACCCUUGUUGCCACAGUGACAUUUGCUGCUGGUUUUACCAUGCCAGGUGGCUACAACAGCUCCGACCCAAAUGUCGGCAUGGCUGCCUUGCUGAUGAGAAAUAUGUUCCAAAUGUUCGUCAUCUGCAAUACCACUGCUAUGUAUACCUCCAUCCUCGCGGCAAUCAUCCUCAUCUGGGCACAGUUAGGUGAUCUCAAUUUGAUGGAUACUGCCCUCAGAUUUGCAUUGCCAUUCUUGGGGUUGGCCCUUACUGCGAUGUCCUUAGGCUUCAUGGCAGGUGUUUACCUGGUGGUCAGUAAUCUUCAUUGGCUUGCAAUUGUUGUCGUCAUUAUUGGAAUCAUCUUCCUUGUCGGUCUCCUAGUACCCUUUUUUUUACUUUUCCUCCCAAGUAAGUCUACUAAUCGUAUCCUUAGGCACAUCUCCUAUUAUCCGUUUCUUAUAUUGGUAUGGGCAUCUAAAAGCCCCGAAAUGAAACGGGAAGAUUAGCUCGCCCUGUUGAUGAUGUCUGCUAGCUCCAUCUUCCCCUAUGUUUGUUGCUUCUUUCAGCAUUAUCUUAAUGAGAAAGUAUGUUAUGUAUAAAUGCUUAGUGUGAUCAGAACUUCAAUAUAUUGACGGUGUUGUACAUGACCAUUUCUUAUAUAAAUCUAUGGUUUUUGGAUCUAUAA